AUGAAGGAGGUACACGAAAAACAAAAUUUGGAUGCUUAUAGACUAUACUAUAAUUAACUACCAUGGCUGUGAACUUAGAAGAUACCAUACGUUACCCCAUUUCCAGUCUCACCCUUGAAUCCCACAGCGCAAACAAAUAACGCGUGGAUCCUGGCUUUCUGUUUCAAGCUAAAAAUAAAAAAUUCCUGAAUGAGUUGGAUAUAGACAAAGUAAGAUUAGCCGUCUACCUAUUUACCUUCUCAUCCCCUAAUUUAUUUAUUUAUUUGCUCUAGUCUAUUUUCGUUGCUUCCGUAAGUUAUUUUUUUUAUUUAUGGUUAUUCUAGGCGUAUUUCCAAAAUCUUUACCGGAAAAUGACAUUGGAUUAUCUAAGUUUGCUAAGCUGUCGAUUGCUCAUUUCUUUAUUUAUUUCCUACAGAUUUGUUGGGAGAUCUGGACAAUAGCGAAAUUUAGAGGGGUGUUCUGGGAAAAGAUUGAAAGAAAGACGUGAAUCCAAUUAAUCCUCGGCGUGAUUUGUGAAGUAGCUUUACUAAAAAUGUCUAAUUUGGUUCCUAAAACCCCUGUGUAAUCUAAUUUCACAGUCCUUUCACCGUAAUUUUGUUAUAUAUAUUUAUGUGCUUAUAUUGAGGGUAUGGGAAAUAUCGUGCAGAGCACAAAGGAGAACGUCAAAACAAAAAAACUAAGAGGUAUUACGAGACUUCUUUUACCCUGUCUGGCUAUAUUUUUAAAGGUAUAAUAAUUCUUGCCAAACCAAACUUCGAUAACAUAAGGUGAAGUCAGUAUGGGAUGCUAAAGCAGGUAGUUUAGAAGUAUCUAUUUUUUAUCUUCUCCCUUUUUAAUAGUACCGGGGUUGGGUGUCAUCUUUGACUUGAAGCUAUCAAGUUCUUUGAAUUGUCGUUUUUUAUGCAAAUCGACCAACCGAAAACCGACCUGGAAGAACGAAACGACCCGCCCGAGACAUUCCUCAAUUUGACUUUUAGGCGUUUCAAGGCCCGCUUAACGUCGUCGUACACCUUUUCCAUUUAAAUGGACAUGUUUUGCCAUUCAUUGGGCCAAAAAAUUUCUUUUAAUGUUCUCUCCUUUUUUCGGGAAUUGUCGGCAUUAAAAGGUGGGCCGGAAGUAUAGGGCGCGCGCCUGCCUUACUAUCUCAGUGCCCAAGGGCCCGCCGGCCUGUAAUUGGGAUGACAGCCGAUCUCUUCGCGGCCCGGUGAUAAAAUUAAAGAGACGGCUUCAGGCCUGGCGAAUUACACUUUCCGCGCUUUAUGGGGAUUCGUAGCCGGCGUUCGGGUUUUAUUUUAUUUGCAGUACUAAUUUACCUACUAUAGGGUGCUGCAGAAUAUCGUUAACGGUCUUCAGCGGUUGUGGACGAGUUGCCGGUGCACCGGCAUCGGCUAGUUGAACAUGGAAACGGUAAUAAGAAAUGCAGGAUCACUAAAAUAUCUACAGGAAUAGAUCUAAGUUUUGAUUAUGUGACUUGUUGAUUGUGACCUAUUUUUUAUUACAAAGAAUCCUACAAAAUGUGAUGCAUUACCGGUCCGUCUAAAGUUCCUGCACAAAAUUGUGAAUUUACUUCCCUUUUCAUGGUGUAUAUAAUGCUUGAAAAACCAUUCUCUGCUCAUAUGGAAUCUUUUAAUUUCCUUAGACCACGAUCCCUGGGCCCGUAAUUAAUCGUACAUGUCAGAAUAUCCUGGGGCGGAAUGAAAUUUGAGAAAAAAUUUAUUUCUCGAAGAAAAAGCCCGACAUCGAUCCCCAACACAUGGUAAUCUUAGUCGUAUCUGAAUUGAAAAACUUUGGCAGGCCUGCAAACACACUUUCCACACAUUUCGGUCCCUCCAGGGCUAUCUAUCAGGAGGGUUCAUUUAUACCAUUUAAAUUGAACUAAACUUAUUGGUCUCAGUUUUUGAUCAAUUAUGGCUAGAAAGCGAAAAGGACGAAAUUCUGAUGUAAGUUAAUUGAGCGUGUGCAUGCUGAAUAAAGCGGUUUUUAAUGCAAGAAAACUAAUUCCGACGUCAUUUCCUGAAUGAAUCCCAUGAAUAUUAGGCGAGAGAGUGAAUAGCAACCUGGGUUUAUUAUUUUGAUAUCAGUUCUGGGUCAUUUACGGUUAGGUUUAUAGGUAACUGAGGAUGUUAGCUUCUGGCAUAUAUGACACUAUCUUAUGACUUUAGAAACCGAAGCCAACUGAGACCACCUCACUAGUCAACAAUACCAAUGCCACCACUAAGAACGACCUCAAGGACAUGUUCGACUCUAUAAACACCGCCAAAGCCUCAUCUCUGACCACUCAGGACGUUGUGAAUGUUCUCCGAACUGAUCUCCAGAAUGGGCUGAAUAGUGCCGAGGCACAACGACGCGUCAACUUUAGUGGAUAUAAUGAGUUUGAAGUGGUGGAAAGGGAGUCACUUACGAAAAAAUACCUCGAACAGGUAGGAUUUUGAUGUUCAGAAAUGUUUUUAUUGUCUUCAAUUUUAUUAUUUUUUCAGUUUAAAAACCCACUGAUUGCCCUUCUCCUGGCAAGUGCAAUAGUCUCUCUGCUUAUGAAACAGUACGAUGAUGCCUUGUCAAUUACAGUGGCAGUCGUCAUUGUUGUUACGGUGGGAUUUGUUCAAGAAUAUAGGUCGGAAAAGACCCUCGAGAAGCUUAACAAACUGGUACCUCCAAUGGCUCAUUGGUAAGAAAAUAUAUGUCAUCAUAAUUGCGGUUACAGUAUUCGAGAUGGUCGUCCAACCCAGUUUUUGGCUCGAGAAUUGGUCCCUGGAGAUUUGGUCACUCUGAAUUUGGGGGAUCGGGUCCCAGCCGAUCUUCGACUUGUUGAAACCAUGGAUCUUCUUAUUGAUGAAGCCUCGUUCACUGGAGAAACUGAACCCUGUCAUAAGCAUUCGCAACAUAUAGAAGAUGCUGACAACAAGGGUGUGGACCAUUUGCUUAAUAUGGCCUUUAUGGGGACAUUGGUCUCGUCCGGCAGAGGAAAGGGUGUUGUGGUAGCUACGGGACAUAACUCAAGGUUCGGUGAGGUCUUCAAGAUGAUGCAAGCUGAAGAAGCGCCAAAAACACCAUUGCAAAACAGUAUGGACCACCUGGGAACUCAAUUAUCAUUUUAUUCAUUCGGAGUGAUUGGAAUCAUUUUUGUCAUAGGAUUGUUACAAGGAAGAGAGGCCUUGGACAUGUUCACGAUUGGAGUUAGGUAAGAAAAUUCGAAUUCUUUGUGUUUAGUAUUGGAAUUGGGAGCUUUAUAUGGUUUUUUGUUUCAGUCUGGCUGUUGCCGCGAUCCCAGAAGGUCUCCCAAUUGUUGUUGCAGUAACCUUGGCCAUCGGAGUGAUGAGAAUGGGCAAUAGAAAUGCCGUGGUCAAGAAGCUCAGUGCUGUGGAAACUCUGGGAUGUGUGACCGUGAUCUGUUCGGAUAAGACGGGAACUUUAACAAAGAAUGAAAUGACAGCGGUAGUUGUUCUUGGGGCUGAUGGAACGAAAGCUCAAGUUGGAGGUGUUGGUUAUGACCCAUCAAUGGGAGAAUGUAUAACAGACAGCAAUCAGAAAGUAUCGGGACAUUCUCAUACCUCUUUGAGCAGACUGAUUGAAGUGGGAUGUGUUUGUAACAACGCUCAGAUCAUCAACGGGACAGUACUGGGACAGCCAACAGAGGGAGCUCUGGUUGUUCUCAGCAUGAAAACUCAGCUGGAUAUUGCCAGAACUUACUUCAGAAGGAUCAAGGAGAUCCCAUUCAGUCACGAAACUAAAUGGAUGGCAGUUCAGGUGGAACCUGUGAGUAGAGUAAGUGGAAUUAUAAAAUCUUUUACUUUGGUUUGUAAUGAAAGGUAGUGUAAUAUCGUGUUUUAGCCCGGGAAUAUGGAAGUGAUGGUCAAAGGAGCCCUGGAUAGAGUAUUAGAAAUGUCUGUGGGGUACUUGGCGAAUGGUACUGAACAACGGCUGAUGGACAGAGCGUACAAGGAGAACACUUUACAACAAGCCAGAGGUCUGGGUGCUAGUGGAUUGAGAGGUAAAUUUUAAUUUGGCAUUCUUUUGGUUAUGUUGUCAAUUAGAAGAGCCGUUAUGGUUGUGUUGCAGUUAUCGGAAUGGCUUGUGGUCGCGAUAUGCAAUCAUUAUAUUAUGUCGGCAUGGUCGGAAUCAUGGAUCCACCCCGAGAAGGAUGUGUGGAAGCCAUCGAAACAGUCACUGGAGCCGGAGUCACGGUAAAAAUGAUUACCGGAGAUUCGAUGGAAACUGCGUGCAGCAUCGCCACCCGACUUGGAAUGCAUUCCAAUCAAGAUAACAUCCUCUCCGGAUCUCAGAUUGAUGGAAUGAAUGAGCAUGAACUGGAACAAGUCAUAAAAAGUGUUACGGUUAUAUAUCGAGCAACUCCUAGGCAUAAACUGAAGAUUGUAAAGGCCCUUCAGAAUGUGGGAGAAGUGGUUGCGAUGACUGGAGAUGGGGUUAAUGAUGCUGUGGCCUUGAAGAAGGCUGAUAUCGGAAUUGCAAUGGGAGAAACGGGCACGGAUGUUUGUAAAGAGGCAGCGGACAUGGUACUUAUUGAUGAUCGCUUCCAAACAAUCGAAGCUGCGAUCGAGGAAGGGAAAGGAAUCUACCAUAACAUUAACAAUUUCGUCAAAUUUCAACUUAGCACGUAAGUUUGUUGGCUUUUUAAAUAAUGAAGUUAGUAAUUGAAUUAAAAAUAUUUGCUUUCAGAAGUGUCGCCGCACUCUCACUGAUUGCAUUGUCCACCAUAUUCCACUUUGAGAACCCCCUAAAUGCCAUGCAGAUCCUCUGGAUCAACAUUAUUAUGGAUGGUCCACCUGCCCAAAGUCUUGGAGUGGAACCAGUGGACUCGGAUAUUAUCAAACAGAAGCAACGAAAUGUAAAAGAUCCAAUGAUUAACAAGGCUUUGAUCAUAAAUAUCAUAUCUUCGGCUGCCAUUAUUAUUGUGGGAACUUUGCUUGUAUUUUAUAUGGAGGUAUGUCGUUUUUUAUAUUCUGUUGUGUAUUGUUGAAAUUUUGAUGGACUGUGAAGACAAGCAUGAUUUUAGAUGUCGGCGGACAAUAAAAUCACCCCUCGAGACACGACUAUGACCUUCACUUGCUUUGUUUUGUUCGAUAUGUGGAAUGCAUUGAGCUGCAGAUCAUCAAGGAAAUUGAUCUGGGAGAUUGGAUUGUUGAGGAAUAAGAUGUUUUGUCUUGCUGUCUCGGGCUCUCUGUUCUGCCAGCUUCUCGUCAUUUAUUUUGCACCUCUUCAACGGGUCUUCCAAACUGAAGCUCUCACAAUUGGAGGUAAGCCUGGCUACUAUAAUUUUGCUUUUUUUUCAUGUUGAUUUUAUGUAUCAUUCUUUCAGAUUUGGUAUUCCUGACAGUGAUUACAUCCACGGUUUUCAUCUUCAAUGAGUCAAAGAAGUACUAUGAAUUAAAAUUGCAAAAAAAGAAGCCUGAUUAUUCGACCAGCACCUUAUAG